UUCAACAAGGUGUGUGAAGGACUGCAGACAACUGCUGGAGGUAUCUGGUCUUCAGAAAGAGAGGAGAGAAUUCUUAACAUGAAGGCUGUCCUGCUGUAUUUUUGCUUCUGCAGCCUCGCUUGGGCACAGUCAGAGCUUCACACCCAUUACAGAAAAGGAAAGCAGAAAUGUGUUGGGGAACAUCAGAUAACAGUCAAAAGUCGUCAUUCCAAGCAUGGGUUUUACAUAUUCAAUUAUAUGUAUUCCUCUUCAAAGCCAAACAAUCAAACACAGAUUAAGAAGGAAGACAAUGUGCAUAUUUCCAAUCCUAUUCUUGAUCCUGUGCCGGAAUCCAGAGAUCUGGUUGACAAUCAUACUGAAAUUGAACAAGUGACAAAUGACAAGCAAAAGUAUUUAACUGAAAUAGAAAAUAACAGUCUGGAAAGAACUCCUGAAAACAAUCAGGAUUUGAUUGGACAUCAUGGGAACAUUAGAAAGUGGGAUUUGGACCAGCGUCCUGUAGAAUUUUUUGAAGAUAAAAGAAGGAAUGAAUUUUCUACUGGAUAUAUGACUGGUGAAAUAGAAGGAAGCGGGCAUCAUUUCCCUGAUCCAGUUGACUUCCAUCAUGCUGUCACUAUUGGUAAUAAGGACCACGAGGAAGAUAAAGACUACCCAGUCCUAGUGAAAGAGAAAGAUAAUCAUUCUGGGGUAGCCAACAAUAACAAGCCAUUAAAACAUAGUGAUAUCAAAAUUGGAGUAAAAGAAAACGAUGUCAUAAUCUCUCCAGAAAUAAACAUUUCUGUGCCUAAGAAAACUAAGGCCCCUCAAAGGAAAGAUUACUCAAAGGUCUUUCUGAAAGAGUCAACUGAUGCUCCCAAGAAGCAGCCAGACAAAGGUGAAAGCAAUUCUGUCGAUCUGUUAUACAAGGGCAAAAAGGGCAGAGAAACUUCCCAAUUAGCUAGUCAUCUUGAUGUACAAAGCAAUCUUUCCACUGAGUUCCUGGAGAAAAUUGAACCCAUAAGAACCGGAAACAAUUACAUUAAUGUUUCAAAGUCUAGUGGAAUUAAAGCACCUCAUGAAAAAAGUAUGAGCAAUGCAACAGUGUACAAGAAAGAGGGAGAUGAAGACACUCUUGUCAUUAGGAAAUUGGAUAGACCAAUGAAUACAUCUAAAAUUAGCAAGCCACAUGAAAAGGUGGAAGCGAACGUCGACAUCAUUAGUAUCAGCCGUAUGCAAGAAACUAAUGUUAACAAGGAACAUAAGAAAGAUGGAACAACUGAAGAUGUAAUUACUUCCAUGUCCAACAAGCAUAUGGAAGUAGCUGUCUCUUCCAGAAAACAUAAAAAGGAUUAUGGGAAUGUUGAUGUCAGAGGAAGGCUAAUAAAUCAAGAGGUUAGUCCAGAUACGACAAACAAAAAUCAAGUUACGUUGAAUGGAAAGCUCAACAGUCUUGUGGGUAGAUUUGAAGUGAUCGCCAAACCACCUCUGAAGGGUGAAGCUACUUUCCUUACAAGAAUUCCUGACAAUGGAAGAUCAGAGCCUAACGCAAAAGAACAAAGCAAGAAAAUUACCCUUAAAGUUGAUUUCACCAAUGAAAAGUCGAAAGGAGAUGUUGGUUUCCCCAAAGCUUUUCGAAAAGAGCUUGCCAAUCGUGAAAAGAUCAACCAAAAAAAUUAUAGAGUCACGCUGAACGAUCCAGAAUUGAACAAGAAAAGUCGAGAGAGAUUUGGUGUUACAUUUCAAGACAUGGAUAACGAUAACAAAGAAAAUAUCCAUUUCCAGGUAGGCACUGGAAUUGUUGCAGAACUCAAGAAGAGAAAUACAAUUGAAUCUUCCAACACAGAGGCAGAAUAUCACGGGGGGAAAGCUGCCCUGUCUUUAUCUCGUGGAUCUCAUAGCAAUAUACAACACGCUGCUCAUAUUCCAAAGAAUGGUCACCUCGCAGCUCAAGGACAUUUUUUGUCCACCGUGAAGAAAAAAGUUCCAAAGGCAGGCAAAAAAUCUGCUAAAGUUAGUACUGGAAUAUACAGAAGCUAUGCAGCUAAGCAACAUCGCAGACAUGAGAUUUUGAGGAAAAAGAACAGUCAGCAUAAUAAAAAGCCGCCCUCAGGGAGGAAAGUCCAUGUAAGUGACAGCAGCCAAUCCUCUGAGAGUAAAGAAAAUAGCCGGAAUGACAGUCGCCAGUCCAAAGAUUAUCAGAAUGACCAGCCGGAUAGUUAUCAGUCAUCCGAAAGUGUUGAAAUUGACCGGUCAGCUGAGAGGGAUCUGAGUGACCAUCAUAGCCACGUGGAAGAAUCAAUGACUGCCUCUCAAGAAAAUUCCAAGGAGCUCAGAAGUAGCGAUUAAAUUUGUUGUUGUUGUUGUUUUAAAAAACCACCAAUUACAUUUGAUAAAUAUCUAUCUAUCCUUGUGGUGAGAUCAGCAGCAAAUAAACUUAAUAAAUUCAAUUAAUUAAUUAAAUUUAAUACAUAUAUAUACACAGACACACGCGCGCACACACAUAUAUAUAAUAUACGAAGUAAUGACUAUGAAGUGGCUAGGAUUUCAGCUUGACAUGAAAAGAUAUACAUCCAAACAGUGGUGGGGUUCAGCCGGUUCGCACCAGUUCACAUGAACCGGUUGUUAAAUUAUCACCACCAUCACCCCGCUUUCAAAGUGGACCCUGGGCGAUGC